AUGUCAAACCUACCGAAUCUAUUCAUAUUUGAUUUCGAUGAUACAUUAUCCGUUCGUGGAUCAUGUUAUCCUAUCGAAGAACUCGCCAUCAAUCAAGAUCAACUGAAUCUUAAAGAGAUCAAUUAUAAUUAUCUAAAAACUCAUCGUUGUUGGAAUCGACGAAUGAAUGAAGUUCAUAAAAAACUUGCUGAACAAGGCAUUGAUACGCAACAAAUCAUUGAAGUUUGUCGUACAAUUGAAUUAAGUCCCGGCACUCAUGAACUUUUUCGAGAUAUCAUUGAUCACAAUGGUAAAAUAGUUAUCAUGAGUAAUGCCUGUGACUUAGUGGUUCAAGAAUGCCUUCGAGCACAAAAUCUGCUGCAAUAUGUCGACAAAAUCGAGAGCAAUCCGGUUCGACAAACCGAUCCAGUUAUAGUAAUUGAUGAAUAUGAAAAUCCUCUACAAACCACGUGUCAAUUCUGUGAUCCGAAUCUAUGCAAAGGUUCGAUUAUUGAUCAGUAUCGUAAGAGAAAUCUAUAUGACAGGAUGGUGUUUGUUGGGGAUGGCGAUAAUGAUGUUUGUGCUGCACUUCGCAUGAAUAAGACAGAUUAUGUUUUUGCGAAAUAUGACGAAACAUCGGAAAAACAAGUUUAUGAUACUAUGUAUGAUCUUUUAAAAAAUCGAUAUUUUCAGCAAUUGAAAACGGAGUUGUUCAUGGCAUCGAUACUGACCAAACGUAUCACUUCACAGAUUUCUUCAAUGAAUAAACGGCAAUUUUUCACCUGGUUAAACGCCAUUUGGAAUCGAUAUGAUCAGAAACGUGUGCAAGAAAUUGGUCCUGAUCGUGCGUGUGCUGAAUGGUUGUUACGGUGUGGUGGUGCUGUACGUUUCAAAAACCGACAAGCGAUCACGACAGAUUACAAUGCCAUACCAUCCGGCGGACCUGGACAACAAAAAGUCGAGGAAAUUCGUGCGGUGAAAGCUUGCAUUACAUCUGAUGGCUUUGCCUAUUUAAAGGGAUUGACCGAUCUGAGAAAAGUUCACCUAGAAAAAUGUGAUCAAAUUGGCGACGGAACGAUCGCUCGUUUAAAACAAUCGAAAGAUACAUUAGAAUCAGUCGCUUUGAUCGAUCUUCCUCAACUGACUGAAAAUGGUGUUGGGAAUUUGACAGAAUUGAAAAAUUUGAAGCAGAUCGAUCUCGCACGUUUACCCGGUGUGAAAAGUCGUGAUGGAAUCGUUCGAUUAUUAACGAACGAACUACCAGGAUGUCAUGUAAAUUAUGAUGAUAGUUAUCCACAUGCUCCUGAACUGCAAGAAAAAUGA